AUGCCUUCUGAUAAUCACAUCAAAUCGGCCUUCUCUCUCAUCGAGAAGGAUGAGUCCAAGGUCUUGGGCCUGACUGUUGGAAAGCACGAGAACGUGCAGCCAGGAACAUACAUUCCUCGCCAAGACGCCCAGGAGGUCCCAAAGCUCUCCUUCUCCGGCGCAACCCCAAACAACAAAUAUGUGAUCGUGAGCCUGGACAUCGAUGCCCCGUUCCCCUCUUUCGGCAUUCUGGGUCCCAUUCUUCACUGGAUCCAGUCCGACGUGAAGGUCACUGGCACUUCUUCGCUUGAAUUUGAUGCACCCUUCGUCGCCAACUACAUCGGCCCGGCUCCCCCUCCAGGCAGCUCGCCUCAUCGGUAUAUCUUCUUCCUGUACGAGCAGCCUGAAGACUUUAACCUCAAGGAUCAUGCCCCUGCCGAUGGUCAGAAGCUCGCAAACAUGAGUCGUAUGCGUUAUGAUCUUGAUGCCUGGGCGAAGGAGAUCAAGCUUGGUCCCCUUGUUGCCUUCAACUACUUUGUCUCCAACUAA